CUCAAGGAGAAUUAAUUCUUGCUGCCCGUCAAUACCAUCAGGUGGUUUUCUAUUCUGCAGAGGAUCGAAUCUUACAAUCUCAAAAUCUCAUAUCAUUCACACUUGCAGACACUGAUCUUCUACCCAAGCCUGUCCUUCACCCCACUCAAACCCCCAGUAAACAAACCACUUCCACCGCGACCCGAUCGAGCCGUCGCAACACAAUCCCAUUGUCCUCGAAUUGUAACGACCGAAGCCUUGAUCCAUAUCGAAGACGACUGCUGCAUAUAUCCUCCUUUGAUGGUCCGUACUUCUUGACGCUCGGAGGUCUACCUCCACCAACGACCCGUCCUACACACGAGCCAUGUCGCCCUCACCGCAGCUAGCUCCACCCGGGAGCAGCUCGUAUGACUCGGACACAAUGCAUGUUGGGGAUGGAACCUGGGAUGCAGGAAGAGACGACUUCUUAUUACCCAACCUUGUCGGGUUCAACUUUGCGACGAUGAGAUACAAUGGCAUGGGAAAUAGGUUUUUCACCAUGAGCGGCUACCACUCUCUGGUCGAAGCGCAUGGCAUCAUCGCCGCCGUCACAUUCCUCGGAGCAGUCCCGCUGGCCAUCUUCCUCGUCCGAUUCUAUGGCCGACAGCCACGAAUGGCGUUACGGCUGCACAUAUGGCUUCAAAUACUCACACUUCUGCUGAGCACGGUGGUCAUCAUCCUGGGCUUCAUGGCAGUUGGCCCCAACCGAGGCUUGACAAAUCCGCACCAUGGCAUCGGGGUCGCCAUCUAUGUCCUGGUUUGGGUGCAGGUCAUUGGAGGAUACUUGCUCCACAGGAAAGAAAAGGGACGCACACGACAUUACAUCCCGGUAAGGGCCAUGCUGCAUCACUGGCUGGGUCGAGCUAUCGCUCUGCUGGGCAUCACUCAGGUCGCGCUCGGGCUCACUGUGUAUGGCUCGCCACUCUACCUUUUUGUGCUGUACACCUUAUAUGUGUUUGCGCUGCUGGUCUUGUACUUUAUCUUGGAGUGGCUAGCAGAGCGAAGAAGAGCGCAGUAUGACAAUGGCGGUAGCUAUUACAGCGACGAAGUGGUGUCCAGGCCAGCUCAGCGCCAACACUCGGGGCUUGGAAAGCUGGCAGUGGCUGGUGCAGCCGGGGCUGGGUUGGCGGCACUGUUCAGACGACGAUCUUCCCGGCACCGGGCGCACCCAAGUGAUACGGGCACGGAAGACAGCACGACAUCUUAUUACACUGACGAAAAAGCGUCUGACCACCACCACAAAGGCAUUGGGCAUCGCCUGUUACAGGUGGCUGCAAUAGGGGGAGCUGUUGCAGCCGCGAAGAAGUUAUUCGGCCGUGGACAGCGCGAUGAUGAUUCCGAAGCUGGACCUUACAGGCCACCGCGACCGGCGCUCGGUGGUAACCAGUCUGUGACGACAGACUCAAUGUCACGAGUCGAAGAAGGGAGACCGCCAAUACGACCUACGACACCUGUGGGAGCUAGUCCAGGUUAUAUUCGACCAACCCAUCCUCUUGCCCAGCCUCCCAUGACACCGGGGUCAGGGAGACGACAUUCUGGUUCUUCUCUCUCCUAUACGGACUCUUACGCUUCUGCGUCUCCGUCUCGGCAAGACAGAAGACCACACACCUUCCGAGAUGCUCUGGCUGCUGGUGGUGCCGUCUUCGCAGUCCGCCAACUCUUCAAACGAAAACAACGAAAAGACCAGGGAAGGGUGGAACAGGAGAAAAUCUCUCGCAUGAAUGGGACUCAUGGCUUCACUGGUGAUGGUGUGACACCACCUAGAAGAACUCGCCAUCAUCGAAUGGGCAGCCAAUCUGCGUCCGACCUCACCAGUGACUUGGAAAGCCGACCUGGCGCAAGUGGAGCCCUUCCCGUGGCAGGCGUUGGUGCUGCUGCUGCAAGUGCACUUGCGGACAGGAAUAGGAUCAGACCUGUUGGUACAGAUCCAGUUAUACACACGCCAGGGCCACCAGGCGUUGGGCCUGCUGAUAUUCCCCCUUUGCCACCUCCUCACCUAGACUCGUCAGGAAGCGAACUCUAUACCACGGCAUCAGGUCGGCAGAGACAUCGACACCACCUUCGGGAUGAAGCCGCAGCUGGUCUCGCCGGUGCCGCUCUUGGGGCUGCAGCCGGGGACCAUUCACGGAGACGGCACAGCGGCAGGAACACAGAAUCGAUGGAAUCGCCUCCCGUGAGCUUGAAUGUCAAAAUGCACGGCGACGGUCGCCACGUUACCUUGAGACGGUUGACGGAGGAAGAGGCUGCAGCGCAACGCGAAGCCCGAAGAAAACAACGUGCAUCUUCUGCAGCCAGAAGGCAUCGAAAUUCCAGUCUCAGUAGCAGCGAAGGUGACGGACUGGUGGCGGGACCGAGCGCUGAUCGGCGCUGGAGACGCACUGAAGCCAUGGAAGCUGAGCAAGCCGCGCAAAACGAAGCGGCAGCAGCUCCUCGGCCGGUUGCGCCUGUUGUUCCAAGCACAGGUCUCCUGUAUCCGACGCCUCCUCCUCCUGGUACCCAAGGGGUUGAUCCACGAACCGGACAGCCCUACCAUGUUCCGCCGCCUCCGCCAAUCCCAGGUUCGACGAGUAAUCUGGGCCCAGGAGGAAGUGCCAUCACGUCGCCAGGCACUGAAACCAGCGGGGCCACCGAGUACGCCAACAAUCGUCGCAGAAGAAGAGCAGAAAGAGCCCAGGCUCGUCUCGCGAGAGAGGGGAAGACGGGAAACACAGUCGAUUUUACGUGACCUCUGUGAGCGUGAAGAACCUGGCAUGCUGCAAUCGAACCUGUCAUGAUGAAUUUAUGGACGACGUGUGCUUGAUCUGGACCAGGGCGGCCGCACUGGUCUCAAAGUGUUUCUGUGUAUUUGCAUUGCGUCUGGUUGUUUGGAAUUCUGCAUUACUUGCUUACGACGAAUGAGAUGAGAAUGGCUGGAUGGGCGCAAUACUGGACAUAUGUGCGUCAAUUCAGCGGAUCAAGCUUGUGUAUGAAGGUAAUACUAUGUAGCUGGCCAAGAAUGGACAGUGUCUUGUACAAUUUGCUCCCGUGAGAUGAAGCUGUCAUACGUGAG